GAAUAUUACUGUGACUCAUACCUUAUUGUCUUUCUUGCUUCACUAGAUUGUUAACAAGCUCUGUUUCAGUUCCACUCACAGUUUCACUAGAUUUUUGAUAUAGCAAUCGACUUUUCCACCUACAUUAAGUUGCUUCGGUUUCCGGAAUUGCGUGAUGUUUCGACCUAACCUAACAUUUACAGAAUCCUGCUAAGUUGUGGAAAUUAGGAUAUUACAGAAAUAAAUAAUUGACCAUCGCGUUAUCGCAAUUCUUGAUUUAAUUUCACAAGGUAAUAUCUACAUUACUCAAUUAAAAUGGUUGAUGAGAUUCAAAAGAAACUUCAAGCUGAACUUGAUAAAUUUAAAAUUGUUCAAAAAGAUUACCACAAGGCUCUUCUACAACGGCAGCAACUCGAUGGACAGUUAAAUGAAAAUACCGCUGUAAAACAAGAGUUAGAUCUUUUAAAAUCAGGGAACGAAGUUUUUAAGUUAAUUGGUCCGGUGCUGGUCAAGCAGGACUUGGAAGAGGCAAAGCAAAACGUUGUCAAAAGAAUGGAGUACAUUUCGGCCGAAUUAAAACGCACUGAAGAUUUGAUAGCAAACCUGGACAAAAAGCAGGAUACUCACCGCGAGGCAUUGGCUAAACUUCAACAAUCCUUUCAACAGGCUCAAUUGAAGGCAGCUAUGAAGGCCUAAAAACGAUCGGAAAAUACAUAAUUGUUAAUAAUCUACUAAAUAAUUCACUACUGCUGUGUACGCUUUGAGAUUAUCUUGUCAUCUGAAGUCCCUAAUGUGAACGUUAUAAUUCUCAUUCAUAUUUUUCAUUAAAUACAUUAAUUACCUAAUACAUAAUUAGAUCUAAAUUUAAUUUACUGACCUCGUUUAAAACCUCAAUAAAGAAUAUACUUUUGAACAUUAUAAAAUCAUAGAUCCCUUGGAAAAAUAAUUAACAGUAGAUCAAAAAGUUACCAUUGCCUCUAUUUAAUAAUCUAAUCUUGAAGAUGUUGAAAGGAAUGUUUCAAAAUUGAAAUAUUAAAAAUAUAUGAAAACUAUAUAUAAAAACUAAAUAACUCAAUUAAAAACUGUAGAAGUAACUAGUUAUUGCUUCUGUUUCUGUGCGAAAAAAGAUUGUUUGUGGUUCUUCUUAUUUCAUGAAAUUUAAAUACUUCCAUUAACAGAGUUCGACUUUCGUAUUGAUAUUCGUAAAUUGUGCUGUUUAAAAGUCAUUGUUCAGAAUGCGAAACUGGCCAAUCUCUUUUAAUUCGUUGGAAAAUUUCAUUCAAAAAUCCUACACGUUCAAAAAGCGUAGCCCACAAUAAGGUCUACUUAUUGUUGAUCCGUUUGUAUUUCUUCGUAGUGGUAGUUUAUAAACGUUUAGUAUAUAAUACCCUCGAUAAAUAGAGCGAAAUAAUUUUCUCGCUGAAUAUUUGCAGUAUGAAGGAUUUAUUAUCUACUGGUAAAACAACGGGCAUUCUAAUGAUUGUUAAGAUCGCAUUCACACGUUUGCAAGAGUCUUAUAUAAGUUCUCUGUCAACAACAUAUAGUAUUGAGACUUGUAAAUAGAUCAUCCUGUUUACCAAUUAAGUCACUGCAGACGUAUCGUAUAACGCAGUAAAAGAGUUGCGUAGUUUUUCGAAUAAGAAUCAAGUUGUACGGGAAGGUACGUUUGUUUACCAGCAUUUAUAAUCGAAAUAUGUCGGCAGAUAAUUUGAAUAUUCUAUUACGCGGAAUCAUAUAUUUCCCGAUUAAUCUAUACUAGUAAACAUCACGGAAUCAUUUGAAUUUUUACAUAUCUGAAUUCUACCGUAUAGGUAAGAAUACUAAACAAAUGCAAAUAUUUGUCAUAAGACCUUGACGGCAUUGGUAUAAUUACUGAAACAAUUUUUUUCACUUAGAAUUGUUGAUAAAAGUAAAUUUUACCCAACGACUAUCGGCGAUUCAUAUUUUGGGAUCAAAUUUUUAGCAAAAAAAAGCAGUUAUAUAGGCUUCGUCAAAUAAAAAUAUGCUAUUAGUAAAAUAAACAAACAUGUAAUAUUAUCCCGUAGUGUACUAAUUUCUUUGCGAACCAAAAUCUGAUUAAGAUGAGGGAAUACGAGGACGCAAUAAACUGACCGCAUUGUUAUUCAUAACUAUCGAGUGCGAGGUCUUUAAAGUUUGGAUAUAUCUCCGGUAGAAAAACUAUGUUCGUAACAUUUUUUACGAUGGAUUUGAUAGGAUCAGUUUCCGGCUAAUCCGACGCCCACGACAACUCUUAACUUAAUUCGUUUCCUCGUAAGUUCUUUUCAUUUUCUAUUCCAUUCGAAAUUUGAAUGGUCAAACAAGCUUUCAAGUCUUGCCCUAUUGAAUAUACAUCGUUAUCGAUAAAUAAUAAGCCGACGCAGUAUUUAUAAGCAGUCAAGUUUCGUUGUUAUAUUAUAUAACGUGAGGUCUCGAAUUUCUUAUGAUUUAAAAUUUGAAUGGGAGGACAGGCGAGUAAACGAAUUGCUGGGUUUCGAAAUGAAUUACAGAUCCGAGCACCGUUCUUUUUUGCUCAUAUAUUUGUUUAAUAGAUAACAUAACAAGCGGGUAUCCGGCCCCAGUCGGUAGCGCGAACCUCCUCCUAAACAUAGUAAUUAUUAUCUUUAUCGUGUAUAUAAUAUUUAUAAUAUAGUAAUAGUAUAAUGAUUCGUAUCUACAACGUUGAUAUAGAAAAUAUGUUUAUACAAAUAGGAAAGUAUAUAUAAUAUAUUAUAAUAUAAUAUACAUAUUACAACGAUUACGUACAUAAUUAUAUAUAAUAUCUCAAUAUCAUAUUAAAAUAGAAUAUUAUUGUUGCCAAUUGUAUGACGCUGGUGCGCUGGCGCAUAUACAUUGUAUUAUCAAUUUUUAUUAUCUAUAUUCUUACAUUUCGCGUGCGCGGCCGAGAGGUUUAAUAGGAUUUCACGUUAACGUUAGUUGGGCGUAAUUAACUCUUUUGUUAGUAUCAACGCGUCUUAUUAUUGUAUACACAUAUCCUAUAUUCAAUAUUGACUCAAAUUUGUGAAUUAUGUAAGGGUAUUACACGCGUGUCUGACGCCAGGUUCGUGUAUUUCAUGGUCACGUAAGUUGGACGUGGGCACAACUGCUGACUUUCACUUUAGCAUUUUACUUCAAGCCCUACGCGUCAAUUGAUAUGCGCAGUUCAAAGAUUCUUCAGGCGAAUGGACCUCAGCCAAGACAGUUGAACUACGUUACGAUAUGGGCGCAAUAAAAAUAAUCCCGUCAAUCCUGCUGGUCAAAGAUCUAUAAAAUAGUGAUAUUAAUUCCUCUUGAUUAGUUCAUAACCCUUCUCUAAGACAGGUGCUAGAGGAUGUGAAA